CUUCCAAUUCAACACACCCUUCUCUCUCUCUCUCUCUCUCUCUCUCUCUCUCUCUCUCUCUCUCUCUCUCUCUGAAACUCCUCUUCCCUCAAACAACAACAACAACAACAAUACACAACUUCUUCAACCUCAUUCAUCUAUUUUGUUAUUAUCAACAGAAAUUAAAACCUACAUUCCUCAACCAAACCUCAUAAAACGCUCAAAAAACAAAUUCACCUUUUUCAUCAUACUUCGGUUUCUGGUACAACCUACAUUCCGUUAUCAACAAUAAUUCCCCCCUUGCUGCAAAAUCUGUUGCAACAAUUAUAUUUUCAAACCUGAAGAUGCAUGCAUUCGCGUCUUAUUAAUAGUUAAAACGAUAAUUGAAGUUCUAUGAGAUGAAUAAGAGAUUACACAUUUUUCUUGAAGGGAAAUGACAAAACCUGGUUAUGUUGUUGUUUAUGUCUUUCUUGUUUGCGCUAUGACCAAAGGGGGUUCAGAGGGAAAGAGAUGGAAACAUAAUGAUUUUCAUGCCGAUCAUGCUGGAGAAAAGGCAGAGCAGGUGUGGAGACAUUGUAGAAAAGAAACGAUAGAGAGGAGUUAUGGUAUCAAAGAAUUUGAAUUGCGUUUAUUAGAUGAGACGAGGAGAAAGAGAUCGAAAUAUCUACCUCCCUAUAUGAAACAACACUUUUUGGAUUGCUUAAGAAACAGAAACUAUCCUAUUCCUGUUUCGGAAGAGGAGGGGUAUUUGUUGAAGAAGCAUUAUGAAUCACUCUUUGGUUUAGCAGAUCGACGUAGAUAUUUACUUUCAGAGUUACCGCAUAAUCAGACACCACCGAGUCCUGAUUCUGUUCCAUCAUCCGGAUCAUCACCAAAACUGAAAAAUCAUGUUGCAGCACAAACUACUUCUUCACCUCCAACUCCUGAGUUUCCGUAUCAUGAUUUUACACUCCCUCCGAACGUGUUUGUGCCAUUUUUACCAUCACCUCCACCACCACCACUUCCACCUCGUUCUCUUCCUCCUCCUUCUCCUCUUGCCAAUUUUGAUCAGAAGGAAAUUAUUAUUGCUGCAGUUGCAUCAGGAAUUAUAUUCUUAAUAGGCUUGUUCUUAUGCAUCCGCGAGGUGAGGAAGAGGAAAAAAGUUGACAAAGAUGUCAGGCCUUUACUCGUAUUAAGCUCAAGUGAGAUGUCUGGUGGUAGUUCACAACAGUCCAUAAGUUUCGAAAGUAAUGAUAUGAAAGAAUAUGGUAUUAACUACGGAAUGAAUCCUUCUACUGUUACGAAUUUGUCCAUUAAGCAAGAAGGCAACAAUGCCUCACUGGCUGAGAUAACAUCAUCAGAUGACAAAGGACAAGUACCAGUAUCUCCAUUAAAACAUCUUCCAGGAAGAUCAGACCCCGAGGCUUCACCGCCGCCGCCUCCACUACCCGCUCUUGCACCUCGCCCUCCACCUCCUCCAAAAACGGCUCGGGCUCCACCUGCUCCUCCCAAACCAUUGGAAGGUCGAAACCUUAAAUCACCUCUAGGACCACUUCGUACUAAGGAUGAUGAAGAGUCUGAUACUCCAAAACCGAAAUUAAAGCCAUUUUUCUGGGAUAAGGUUGUAGCAAAUCCUGAUCAAGCCAUGGUCUGGCAUGAGAUCAGAUCAGGGUCAUUCCAGUUCAGCGAAGAAAAGAUAGAGUCUUUAUUUGGCUGUGCCAACCAGAACAGAAAUGAAAGAAAAAAAAAUUCGCCAUCUUUAGAACCUUCUGUCCAGUACAUUCAGAUUAUUGAACCCAAGAAAGCACAGAAUUUAUCAAUUCUUUUACGUGCUUUGAAUGUGAGCACAAAAGAAGUUAUUGGCGCCCUUAAAGAAGGUAAUGAGAUUCCUGUUGAGCUCAUCCAAACAUUAUUGAAGAUGGCUCCAACAACAGAUGAGGAAUUGAAGCUAAGAUUAUUCACGGGUGAUGUUUCUCGACUUGGCCCUGCAGAGAGGUUUCUCAAGGCCUUGGUUGAUAUUCCACUGGCUUUCAAACGUCUUGAGUCACUACUAUUCAUGUUUACACUUCCGGAAGAGGCUUCAAGCAUUAAGGAAUGCUUUAAAAUAUUAGAGGUUUCUUGCAACAAACUAAGGAAAAGCAGGCUCUUCCAAAAGCUAUUAGAAGCAGUUCUAAAGACUGGAAACCGGUUGAACAAUGGAACUUAUCGUGGUGGUGCUCAAGCAUUUAGGCUUGACACACUUUUGAAACUUGCAGAUGUAAAAGGAACAGACGGUAAGACCACACUGUUACACUUUGUGGUUCAUGAGAUUAUUCGUACAGAGGGCAUAAGAGCUGUAAGAACAGAAAAAGCAAGCCAAAGCCAUUCUAGUAUGAAAACCGAUGAUUUCGUCGAUGAAUCAAAUAGGGAAUCAGAAGAGCACUAUCGCGACCUUGGCCUUCGAGUUGUUUCAGGUCUAAUCACUGAACUAGAAGAUGUGAAAAAGGCCGCAGUGAUAGAUGGUGAUGCUCUAACAUCUGCAGUGUUGAAACUUUAUAAUACAUUGGUAAAAUCUGAAGAACUAUUGUAUACGGAUCUGAAGAAUCUAGAAGAAGAUAGCGAGUUUCAACAUUCCCUUGCAAAUUUUGUGGAGAAGGCAAGAGAGGACGUGGUAUGGUUGAUAGGGGAAGAGAAGAAGAUAACGACCGGGGUUAAGAGUACUGCAGAUUAUUUUCAUGGGAAUGCAGGAAAAGAUGAAGGGCUGCGCUUGUUUGUGAUUGUACGUGAUUUCUUGGUAAUGUUGGACAAGGUGUGCAAAGAGGUACAAGCAUCGACAACGAAGACAUUAGCUCCCAAAGGUUCACCUUCUAGCAAGAAAGAGACUCCUUCAUCCUCUCCAGAUAAACGUCAACAAUCACUCUCUGAUAUGCAUAGGAGACUAUUUCCAGCCAUAGCAGAGAGGAGAAUACAUGACUCUAGUUCCUCAUCAUCAUCAUCAUCAUCCUCCGAUGAUGAUGAUGAUAAGAUGUUACCAACGUAGCUUUGAUAUGAAGUUAUGCAAGUGAGUUUGACUUGUCAAUGCGUUCUCUACUUCAUCACAUGGUAGAUUUGACUGCCUUCAAAGUCAAGGUGAAUUGGAGGGCUGGUCCCAAACUUUGCCGAAAUGUAUGUCAUAUAAUGCUACAGAAGGGACGUGUAUUCUGUCAUUGUGACAAGUGGUGAGCAAUGGAGAUUACUGGAUGUCAACUAUAUGGUGUUCCUCAUCAAAAUGUGAAUAACAAGUGAGGUUCUCUUAUAAACCCAAAGAAAGGGGUUGUUAGGACUUACGAAGGGGAGAGAUUGGUUUUUAUUGUUUCUUUUCUCCUCCAUUAAUUUGAUUGGUGUUGUUUCGGGUCCGAGUUAAUGGCGAAAUCGUGAAGUCAAUGGAAUGCAUGACAGUAGUUGAGGUAGUUUUUUUUUUCCCGACAUUCCUCUCUAUUUAGUCAUUAGUUUAGAGGGAACAAUCUUGAUACCGCCGUUUACUUCGGAAGGGUAUGUGAUUGAUGUUAUGGCCUAUGAGUUGUUACUUGUUACUCAAGGAAAUGCUAUUUUUUAAUCUA